AUGACGUCUACGAAAGACCAUGUAGAUUUCCUUUACAAAUAUCAUCAAAUACAGCCUAUACACACGCAAUUAACAAAGGCAACACAAUCAUGUGACCAUGACACAAUACCGAUGAGCUUCAUACCAAAACGAGAAAUGUCAGAAGCAGUAUCCAACGAACAAAAUCUUGAUCAAUUACCACCAUCUUACAUGUACUCGAUGAUUUUUAAGGAUAUAGUAUUAGAAAUCGACGACGACUACGCCAAAUCUAUUAAUGCUUUAGUUAUUUAUUGUCGUCAACAAAAGAUUCCUGAAAUACAGAUAAACUCAUUACAGAGUACUUACCACCAGAAAUCACCAGUUUGGUGGUAUUCGAAAUCAAUGUUUCUCCAUAGUAUGCUCAAUCGUGCCUUGCGAUUGCUCGAUAUGGAAAAGAUGAUAAAGUUAGGAUUUUUUAUUCGAAGUCUUCAUCUUCAACUAAAGCAAUUGCACCAAGAACAGUCGUCAAAUUUCCAACAAGCGUUUACCGUUUAUCGUGGCCAGGAACUCAGUCAACAGGAUUUUCAGAAUCUCUGUAAUUCAAAAGGUGGCCUACUAUCGUUCAACAACUUCUUAUCAACUAGUAAAAAAAAAGAAGUGGCAAUGAACUUUGUUAAUGAUUCACCACACGAAAAACCAAUCAAAACGAGGCCAAAAUAUUAA